CAAUUACUGGCUUCCCCCGAUUGCAGCAUACUUUCCACACUCUUCCUACAGAAAAAUUCAAGCCUGAAGAUAAUCCCACAGUAUUUCUUUGAGCACAUGAUAAAACUUCGAGUUUUGGAUGUAUCUCAUACAGGAAUCGAGGAGUUGCCUUCAUCACUUUCAACCUCGAUCGGUCUCAAAGUCCUGUAUCUAAAUAACUGCAAAAAUUUGGUCGAGCUUCCUACUCCCAUUGUGGAAGCACUUAAGCUUCUUGAAGCACUUGAUAUUGUGGGGAGUGGAGUCAAUAACAUACCGUCCCAUAUUGAGAAGUUGACCCGGUUAAGGCGAUUGCGGGUAUCCUUCUCCAAGUCUGGAAAUGAAAAUUCCACUCAAGAGGUAAAUUUCAACUACAAGAUCAUUUCAAAGCUUUGUCUAUUGGAAGAAUUGGUCAUUGAUGUGAAAUCACCCGAAAUUUGGUCCAAUGAUGUCGUAGAGAACAUCAUCAAAGAAGUGGCUACGUUGAAAGAGUUUAGCUCUCUGAAGUUUUGCUUUUCUGAUAAGGUUGAAGAUGUUAUUGAGGUUUUUGGGUCUCAAAAUCUUCGUAUCCGUGUUCCUGACGCCACAAUCCUUCUCAGUUUCAUUGAAAGGAGUUCAUGGAGAAAUGUCCAAGACAGUGAAAACUUUGAGUUCUACAUUGGUUCCAAAAGGUCAGAACACCCUCAACUCCCCAACUUUGACGAGUUUGAGAAGUACGUGAAAUAUUGUGAAGUUGAAGGUAGAAACUUAUUGAUUCUCCAGGUCCUUGCCGAAGCUUCUGCUUUUGAAUUAGUCGACAACAAAAACAUCAAGCAGCUAUCAGACGAAGAACUCGAAAGGAUGAACAGUAUCCAAAGUUGUCUAAUUGAAGGUUGUGAUGCAAUUGAAACCAUCGUGGGUACCUCAGGCAGGGUAGUACUACCAAGCUUAGAGCACUUGUUCGUAAAGAAUCUACCAAUGUUGGAAAGCAUUUUGAGGGGACCACUCCAACCUGGAAGCCUAACCAAAUUAACGACUCUAGAACUGACCGGCUGCCAAACUUUGGUCAAGGUUUUUCCUCCCGGCACCAUCCAAGAACUUCGUGAAAUCCAGCGCUUGAAAAUUGAAAAGUGCGGUGAAAUUGAAGAAAUAAUUCCAGAAUCUGAAGCUCGUGGAACUCUGUUGCCAAAAUUGAAGAAAAUGAUUCUCCUUGACAUGGAAAAACUAAGAAUCAUUUGUGCCAUUAAUGAGACGUUGAAGUGGCCAUCCUUGGAGAAGCUAGAGAUAUUCAAGUGUCCAGGUAUGCUGAAAUUGCCUUUCAACAUAAAUAAUGCAAAAAAUCUGGAACGUAUCGAUGCAGAGCAGGAUUGGUGGGGAAAAUUGCAGUUGCAGAAUAACGAGGACAAAGCACGGCUUCAGAAAUUAUGUAAGCUGAGAUCAUGCGAUGAUCGACUCUGCUCUUCCAAGAAAAGACGGUACUUCUAGGAGCUUUUGACAAUUGGCAUCACUGGAUCCUUUCUACCCUCAAGCUUUUGCCCAAAAUAAGUUGAAAGAUCUUGGUGGCAUGGAGUUUUCUACUUGUUUGGAUGUGGUCGUAGUCAGUGUUGUGUUAUUCCUUUGUGCUGUUGUAUUUCCUUCUCCGCUACAACAAUUUUACAUUUAUGUGCUUCUAAAUUCUAAUCAAUUUGUAUGGUGUACUAUGGGAUUUCCUUC